CUCCGCACAGCCCAGCGUUGCCGAGCAACCGUUUGUGUUUACUGUGUGUUGCUGUGGAAGGACUUUGCCGAGAGACGGGAGACAUGUACAAGCUAGAUCUGCCCGUGGAUCUGAAGGAAGCCGCCGUGCUGCAGAGGAGAAGGGAUGCCGAGCAGCAGAGGCAGAGCCGAGUCUUCGAUGCCAGAGUCCGGACCGUCGGGGUUGAUAAGGAUGCUUUGGACCACCAAAUACAGGAUAGGAAAACCAGGAAGGAGACAGACAACAAAAGACAAGAGGCAUUUGAUGCACAGAUGGUGCAGAAUGACAAGAUCACCUGCUUAUUAGAUGACCGUCAAAAGGAAGACAUCCAAAAUCUAAACAAAGCCAUCAACGAUUUUAGACUCUGCUUACAGCAAAAAGAGGACCGCAGGGAGUUUGACUUAUAUGAUCCACAGGCCUUAAAGAAAGAUCUGCCCGCGCGGGUGUCUGAUGAUGAUCCUCGCUGCACUGUUUCUGGGGUACAGAAGCUUCUGGGAGAGGAUUUAACAGAAAAUAACAGAAGGAAAGCACAGCAAGAGCAGCUUAGGGAAUGGUCUCUCCAGCAACAGUGGGAGCAACAAAAAGCAUUAGAAGACAAGAGGCUUGCUGAUGGUCUCUAUGACAAACACAGGAUUGAGCUGGACAAGAAGGCAAUGGAAUUACAAAGAAUGGAAGAAAAAGCCAAACGUGAUGUCUGUACUUUCACAAAGGAAUUCAACAAAGCCCAGGCAGAAGAAUCAUUAGCAAGAAGAAAGUUCAAGAAGCAACAGGAAGAAGAGGACAAUUCUGUAGAAAUCUCCAACCUUGUGGAAGGAGACCUCCUUUCUGAGAACCCUGCCCAAGCAAUAAGUGCUUUUGGCCCGCACCGCAUAGUUACUGAUCGCUGGAAAGGAAUGAGACCAGAACAACUGGAGGAAGUUAUUAAUGUCCAGCAGCAACAAAUACAGGAAAAGAUGAGACUGAAGGAAGAAGAGAGACAAAGGCAGGCAGAGUGGGACCGCAGGAGGGUACAAGAAGCCAGAGCCAUGGUGCUACUUGAAAGACAACAAAAACGUCAGGAGAAGGAACUGCGCAAAGAACAGGAUCACAUCAACCUGCAGUUGGUACAGGCCCACGAAGCCCAGAAAAAUUACUUGAACAAAGAGGUCUUCACUAACCCGCCAACAGAUGCUUAUUUCCACCAAUUUAAUACAACUAGCCGAUGAUGGUGGAAUUAAUUAAUGUUUAUAAUAACAGGUGGAAUUUUCAUUGAACACUGUCAGUUUUAUGGAACAAUAUAACUGCUGCUGUGAGAUCUGUCUUGUAACUUCAAAUGAACAAUUGUGGCAUCCUAAAGAUGUGUGCUUGCUGUGGCUCCUAUACAUACAGUUUUGUGCUAAGCAUCUGUUUUUCUCAUAUCUCUUUUAUAUAUAUAUAAACCAACUACUGCAGAUAUCUCAA